UCCAUCUGACAAUAGCUAAGUAAUCGGCCGGCGACUUGAGCACUUUGUUGCUCAUAAAAUUGCCAUUCKAUCAACAGACCAGCUAUUCCACAGUGCCUGAUUUACAUACACUCAUACCAUUCGAUGARUACAGAGCUACACGAACGGUGAACAGGACAUUUAAGAUAACUCGUCCAARAAGAAGAACUUAUUAGACAGGCAGUUGCCUUUAAUUGCCUCAUGUCACGCCAUGUCAGGAAAGAGUAAGCUAAGCCGUUCUUUUCCUGCUAGAGUGAAAGGCGAAUCCAAGUCACGCUCCCAACUGCCUUUUAAAAGGUUCGCAGAUUUCUUGACUCUGAAAAGGAAAAAGAAAAAGCCUGAUGAUGGAUCGAGUUCACUGGAAAAACAGCCUUGGUUCCACGGGAAAAUAAAUGCUGAGUACGCAGAAUUAUURAUUAAAAAGAGUGGUGAAUUCCUUGUUCGUGAGGAUCCAGCAAUGCCAGGGACCUGUUUCAUAGCCGUGAGAGUGAAAGACGUGCCAUUACACUUAGCUAUUAAUAAGCUCAAAUCAUCUAAAGGCACCCGCUUUAAAUACAGAAUCGAAGAUUCAGACUUUGUGUUCGACAGUAUUUCGGAACUCAUUCGUUUUUAUGUGAACGAACGACGCCCAGUUUGUAUCAGACCCCCCGCGGUCAUAACGAUAGCCGUAAGUCGGGAAGCCGUUCUUCUGUCUGAAGAAGACUUUCGAGGAAGGUUUGCUACGGCUGGAAGUGCCAGGCUWAGUCGCACUAGCAAGAAACUAGAAAGAAAAUCAAGUGAUCCCAACCUUUCUACUCGCGUYCCUUCGAGACUUUAUGAAGAAAUUGAUAACCCACCGUUAGAAGCUCGGUACGGUACGAAACCUGAACGACCAAAAAUGGCGGUAAAUGGUAGCGCACCUUUAAAAAUCGAAAAAAGAAAAAAUUCUGCAGAUCGUUCGAUCCAAACCUCACCUCGAUCAAGAUCGAUGGAUAAUGUACUUGAUGAUUCGGCCAGCGAAUUAAACGACUGGGCAUCACCWGCAACAACGUAUGACAGCCCAAGAAGCAUCACCACGCCCACUUCACCUCCMUUUAAAACACCAUUUACACAACAGGAGAAAAAGCGCAAAAAUGUUGACCCUAGUAUGCUUGAAUGCGAUGUGGACUAUGCAACACCAUCGUCCAUUCCUGCCGAACAAGAAUAUCAGGUACCAAACAAUUCGUUGACGUAUGAUGUCCCACGUACGAGUGAGAGCGAGGACUCACACAGAAAAGACGAAGAGAUAGAACCAACUAAUACAGACUCAAACCACGAGAAAGGAGCCGAUAUUGAAUCGAAAAGUAAGAUGCAAGAUGAAAGACAUAAUCUUUAUCUGACUGUAGUAAGCAMGUUGUGCGACACUCUCGUAAAACCGCUUUUACGUCACGAUUGUGUCACGCUAGCUCGUCACCUUACUAAAGCAGAUCUUGAAGUAGUUUGGAAUGAAAGUGAUGCUGAAGAUGAUGACGGGGGAGCACUGGGACUGGAAAAGCUUGUCCUUCCACAAGGACGAGAGAAACGAUGCGCUAUCUUGGACAGGUACCAACAAUUGACAUACUGGACUGGGGCACUGGUCAUAGUUGCUGGGGAAAUGUCUGCGCGAGCUGAGAUGGUUUCAAAGCUUAUUGAAUUAGCUGAUGCAUUAAGUGACAAACUUGGUAACCUCAUGUCAUUUAUGGCAAUCAUGGAAGGUCUAGCUUUGGCUCAGGUAAGCCGUCUCCAUCACACUUGGUCGWGCUUGCAUCAUCAGUUUUCAUCUUCAGCAGUUCUCAUUCAGAGCACCUUGAAGCCUUUGGCGGGACUUUUAUCAUCAGGUGCUCCUAGCCCUUUCCCUGGCRUCUGUUUGCCUUAUUUGGUCCCAUUGGCUCAACUGCUUGAAUCCACAAACGAAUCAAACCUUGAUGAGUUGACUGACGACGACGAACACCAUGGUAUCGAGGUUGUUCUUGCUCAUCUUAGUGCUGGUAGAACACUCAUUCAACAAAUUGACGCUUUUCGAAGUGAAGCCRAUUCAAGGCUGACAUUUGAAGGAGAAGACACAAAUCUAAUGAAGUAUUUUCGCGACGGUAUCGACGUCAGUAAAGUGCUAGGAGUCCAUGCAGAYUCUUUGUCCAGAAUACACAAACUGACGACUUUAUUGAACUGGUUGUCAGAAAAUGUUGAGAGUGGAAAUACGCARUAAUUGCAUAAAAUGGUGAAAAUACUUGAAAAUGAUAUACGCCAAAUAUAGAAUGCUUUUACCAAAUAUGGUAACACAAAAGAUAAACUUCAGAUAAAAGUUCAGCUUUUAAAUUAAGUAGAAUUCUGUUGUAAAUAUUUACAAGAUGCCCUUGACAAUGUUGUUCUGAUGAAGGAGUCUUUUUGGUUAUGUUGUGAAUUGACAAAGAAAAUAUUAUAAAUUAAGUUAUAGCAAAUAAUGAAAAUUAUUGGUUAAAUAUUUUGUAAUGAAUGUUUGAAAAGUGUUCUUGUUAAAUUACAUURACAAAUGUAUAAUAUACAUUUUUUUACCUCAUAAUUUGUAAAAAUAAACACAAUACAUUUUUGMAACCUU